UUUCUGGGAAGACCCACUUGGGAUUUCAUGUGAUGCCACUUCCGUAUUUAUCUAAGUACUGUUUUUUGUCAGCCACUUUUUUGCCCAAAAUGCCCCAGUUUUGUGCCGUUUUAGGAUGUUCCAGUCGAUCUAACCGAGAGAAGGGAAAGGGUUACUAUCGACUACCUAAAGUGAUCACCCAUAAAGGGGAGAAAUGGAAAAAACUUACAGAACAACGCCGCAAAAAGUGGAUAGCUAACCUACGUUUACAGACUAGAAGAGCUGAAUCUGCAAAUACUCGUGUCUGCGGUGACCACUUCGUCAAUGGCUGCCCCAGCGCAUUGGUGGCUAGUGAGUCAGUGGACUGGGCUCCGACGGUCAAGCUGGGUUACCAAAACACAGAGCUGAUGUCAGAGGGUCUUAGUGAGGGGACACAGGAUGAAGGUUAUGCAGAUGCUGGAUGCCAGAUGGAUCUGACCAUGGAUGUCCUAGAGAAGAUGGAGGUGGUGAUCAGAGAAAACCUAGUGGAAUUGGGGGAAAAGGUACUGGACUGCAAGUUCACCCCGCAGUCCUUUGAAAACAAUGACGAGAAGACUAGGUUCUACACAGGGCUUCCCAAUUUCUUGGUGUUGAUGCAGAUUUUCCGGCUCUGUGAACCUGAAAUCACCUGCUGCCCCUUGUCUGUCUUGUCCAAAUUUGAACAGUUUAUACUCGUUUUGCUCAGGCUGAGACUUAACCUCCCAUUGAAGGACUUAGCUUUCAGGUUCAACAUCUCCUUGUCCACCGCUUCAAGAGUUUGGUACAGACUAAUUGACAUUCUUUAUGAAAAUCUAGAAUUUCAACUUGAAUGGCCUAAGCGACACAUACUCCAUGACACAAUGCCAAUUGUGUUCAGGGAAGCCUUUGGCUGUAAAGUGUCUGUCAUACUGGACUGUUUUGAGGUGUUCAUUGAGAGGCCAUCCAAUCUACUUGCUCAAGCACAGACAUGGUCCAACUACAAACAUCACAGCACUGUUAAAUUUCUGAUUGGCGUUGCACCGCAAGGCUUUGUCACCCACAUAUCCGUUGUCUGGGGAGGGAGGGUCAGCGAUAAAGAACUCACUAUACAGAGUGGUAUCCUGAAAAACCUCUUACCUGGGGACAUUGUCGUUGCAGAUCGAGGUUUCAACACUAGUGAGAAUGUUGGAUUUUACUGUGCCAAAUUACAGAUACCGACGUUCCCGACGGGAAGAAAGCAGCUGACGCCAUUCAAGGUGGCAGAAACUCGGAAAGUUGCUAACUUGCGUAAACAUGUGGAGAGGGUCACAGGUUUAGUCAGAAGGAAAUACCAGAUUCUACAAAGCAAGGCUAUGGCCAUAGAAAACAUGGCCACAAAGCCAGGUGAGGCACUGGCAUUGAUUGGCAAGAUUGGUGUGAUCUGCUGUGUAUUAUCAAAUAUGUCAGAAUCCAUUGUGUCAUUGGAGUGAUAUUGGUUUGGCACACCUUGCAAAUGGACAUUUCUUUAAAACACACUUGUGAAACAAUAUUCAAACUAUAUAUCCUUACAAUGUGAACAACUGAACAUGUAUACUAUGAUGUAAAUAUCCCGUUGUUUUUUGUUGUGAAUAGCCCACUGUGUAUCCCUAUUCCUUUCUAAAUUAA